AUGAUGCUGAGCGUUUCUGCAAGGAAAUUGUUCAAGAAUGAAAAUAGGCGGGAAGGCAGUGUUGAGAUACAGGACCAAGCUUCUACUAAUGAUUCUAGCGGGAGCUCCUCUGCGCCAAUGGAUAGCUUGGCCAAGAUGAGGGCACAGAUGUCUGCUCACGCUAGUGCAGCCAAGAGUUCAGGUCGAGAUCGUGUUCAUCAUUCUCCAAGUUCUCCCACUCCUCGUACUAGUUCUCAUGAUCAUUCUCAUUCUCCUCUUGGCCAUUCUUAUUAUCCUUGUGCUCAUUCCCCUGCACCUCAGAUCCAUUCUCCUGUGCCUCGUAGAUGGUCUUUUACUCCCCAAGGACGUUCUCCUACUCCUGCGCAUGGUAGGCACUCUCCUGUUCCCCGCAGACAUUCUCCUACUCCUCUCCUUUCACCACCUUGUCACCCUUGUUCCCCAACUCCUCCUCGUCCCUGUUCCCCAACUCCACCUCAUCAUUCCCUGACUCCACCUCAUUGUCCUUGUUCUCCAACUCCACCCCAUCGUACAUCCCCACACAAGAAAGCCACUCCACCCCGUCAUCCUCAUUCUCCAACUCCACCUCGUCAUACAUCCCCACGCAAGAAAGGCCCUACUGUUCCUUUUUCACCUGAACUAAGUGAGUUAACACAGGAGGAUGAAGAUGAGAUACCCGAAGUCAGUACCAAUAAGAAAGGGAAGUUAGCUGGGAAGAAGACAAAGAUCACAGCCAAGGCUGCGGGAAAAUGA